AUGCCAGUGCCGGCGACCGCGUGGCCAACUCUCUCAGGAGGGGCUGGCCGCACGGCACCCGCAGACACCACAGCCAGACUAUUGAACGCCAACCACGACAUAAAGCAGUUACUAUCUUAUAUAGAUAAGCAAGCAGGGCACCGUGUGCCCACCCAGAUCGAGGAACUUACUGGGGACCUCCUUAAGAACCCCCUGGGUGCUGACUGGCCUUCGCCAGGAAACGCUGGAGAUGAGAAAAGACCUUACUGCAGUGAGAGCAGUGGCCGAACGGCAUCUGCCAACUCGGAUGAGCACAGGCAGCUGGGCAGACAUCGCGAGAGCGGCGCCAGCCCCAGCGUACCAUCUGUCGUCUCAUGGCUCUGCAUCGUCUGCGACCGCGGCGUCCGCCUCAACGACCCUGAGGCAGUCAACCGUUACCGACGCGAAACGCCUGUCGAGAUGACUGCCAAGGCAAACCGGCUGCGUGAGCGAGCAGCCAAGACCAUUGGGUCCGCGCCACUGGCCUCUGUGCGCUUCCUAGCAGCCCGCCAGCUGAGGUCUGGCGAUCUCCGCUUCACUGCGAGGACAGCAAAGGAAGCUGAAAUCCUGCGGGCUGGUGCACUCUCUAGGGAAGAAAGCAGAGGUGCUGCUUCCAACCUGGGGUAUCGUGAUCCACGAUAUCAAUGUUCGCUCGCUGGGGGUGAACACGCCACGGACAGAGGAUCUACAGGGCGUAUUGGGGAGAGGCAGAGAUCACUCGACUGUCGUGGUAAGUCGGGAUCGCUGGUAGCGGAGUUCACAUCGCCACUACCAGCCAACACGGCCAUCGAUAGGGGAGUCUUCUGGGAUGGGAGCUGCUUGACUGCUGUGAUAUAUAAUCGGGCAAUCUGUGUACAUCAGUGUCACAACUAUCAGAAAUAUGGUCAUAUAGGAGCCACCUGCCCGAAUAUGUCUCCAACCUGCGUGUAUUACGCCGGCGGACACUUGUCUCAGAAUGUGCUAACUGUAGGAGCACACACGCCGGCUAACGACUGCCCUGACCGGCUGCGCGAGGUCGACAAAAUGAAGGAGAUGGCGGGAUAUCGACCGCGAUACCACCUGGUUCCGGCUCACUUCUCCGCUAACACACCAUCUAUGGUGCUGCAGCCGUCACCAGCCAGUUUGUGGGGCACGCCGGUCGAGCAGUCAUCAUCAAGUGAGGGCAGUGGCACUAGGGGUAGCGACCUGACCACUGCCGGAAGCGAAAGCGAAAGCGCCGCACAGACACAGGACUCGACUAGCCCACAAGCAAUUCAGUCUAGCCUGCAAGCUAUCCAGCGGGCGCGAACAAAAGGAAAGGAAACGGAAAGGAGGACCACCACUCAGUCAGGGGCCAAGGUGUCCAGGAGCGGCCUCCAGCGGCAGCAGCAGCUAUCUGCCAGCGAGUCUAUAGAUGUGGACAUGAUAACAGAAGUAGUCUGCCCGGUAGAGGACACCACAUAG